AUGUGCUUACCAACUGCUGCUCCUCGAAGCUUACCUGGUUGCCCAACCAGAAACUACAAUAAAUCCAGGAAGAAAAAUGCAUCUUCACAUGAAAAAGAAAAACUCAAAGUUGAUAAUCAAUCAUACAACCCUUCACUACCUUCAGAUUAUAAUCCUAUCAUCUCUAAAAACGGUGAUCUUCAAGUCAAAUCAGAGAAUAAUUCAAAGGGAAAGCAAACUUAUGAGCGUCGUGAGAAGUCGCGUAUUGCAGCUAGGCAGAGAAGACAUCGUGAAAAUCAGGCGCUAGUCGAAUUGUACUUAACACUACCGAUCCAACAAAAUCUGGCUGCCGAUGUCCUCAAGAAUAAGUGUCACAAGGUUGGACACUUGGGAGAAGAUAACCCCGGGCAAAUAUUAAACGGUCUAACAGAAUCUGGUUCAUUAUUAAAUACUAUUGGAGAGCUUGAUUUCGCCCCGACUUAUCGUCUUGCUACAACUAUAUUUAGACAACACAGCUUGUCCACACCAGUGCUAGAAAAAGCUGUUAUUGUGCGCAUAGCCAGCAAUUCCUUAUGUUUGUAUAACUGGCUUUAUCCUUCGUCUGAACCGGAUUCAAAUAUCAAGCCACAAGAUAAAUUACCAUUAGUAGGCUAUCACCCAACCGAAUCGGAUUCGUCAUCAUCAUCUGUUACUUGUACGGAGAUGUCAGAUUGUUGUGAUAAUACCACUGCUACUACUAAUACUACUACUAGCAGUGGUGGUACCGUUGUUGGUAUACAUAUUCCUCUAACUACUAGUAGCACUCUUUUUCCAAAAUCAGUAUUGAGUGUACACUCAAAAUGUCUGGUUGCUAUAAUUGUUGAUGCUACGCAUAAUAUCAUUAUUUAUGCUCCACCAGCAUACACUGAACUAAUUGGUUUAUCGUGGGUCACUACAAUCGGUUUAAAAUUGAACGAAUUAAUUUCUCGGCAAGUAUCAAUAGGGGUUUCAUCAGAAUUAAGGAGUCAUAACUGUUGCCAUUAUCUUCGCAAUUUGCAGUAUGGUAAAUACAGCUCUGUUGAAAAUAUGAUCACAAAUCCUAAACAAAAGUCAGUACAAUCUGAAAUUGGUGAUAUGGAAUAUGUUGAAUAUGACCCAAUAGCAAUAUCUAACCACACACUCAAAUCAACACAGAUUCAUCAACAAUUUGAACAACCUUUGUCGUGUGAAAUGAUUUGGCCAUCAUCCUGUGGGAUAACCGAUCGCCCAUUGUGUCUCAGUUCUGUUUUACCGAAACCAACAUCAGUGUCUCCAUCACAUAUAGAAUGCUCAGAACACUCGAACGAUGAAAUAAAUCCAGGAGGUGUACAAAGUUUUCAAGAUCCUUCUAUUACAAAUACAUCAAUUUCUAAACACAUAGCGGAACAGUACGUAUUAUGUUGGAAUAGUUCAAAUCUAUGUAUAAGAAAUAAAUUUUCAAAACAUGGAGAUUUCACUCUAGAUAUCGGCUGUAGUUCGUCGUCGUCAUCAUCAUCAUCCCCAUCACCAUUUUCAAAUAAUCAUAUAAAUUGCCAGCAAACCAAUAACCUUCCUUUUAAUCCUAAUCAUAACAUCAACAACAGAACUGAUAUUGGAUAUUGUAAUGCAACUGAAAUAUUGUUACACAAUAACAAUGAUUCAAAUAAUAUUUCUAGUAAUAAUGGUUGUGGCAGUGAAGCUGAUUCUUCAUUUAAACCAGAUCGAGCAAAUGAUGUAAAUCUUCGUAUAUAUUUAUUACAACCUAUUCAUUUAUCAAAUAUUAACAAUAAUAUGCAUAAUUAUGUCAAUAAAGAAAAUCAUGAAUCAUGUUUUACUGAUGAUAACCAUAUUAUUAAUUGUAGUAAUAUCCAUAAUAAUUCAGAUCGUAAUAAUAACAAUACUAUGAAUGGUAAUAAUAUUAAUUAUAAUAAAAACAAGAAUAACGAUUAUGAUUUCACUAGGAAUUCAUCAUUUUCAAUAAUUGAUGAAAAUAGAAGUAAUACUGUACAGAAAAAUAAUACAUUGGUAAAAUUUAUCAAUAAAAAUAAUAAUUCAUGUUGCACAGGCUUAUCAAAUUCAUGUAAAACAUGUCAUUCAACUAAAAAUCUACAAUUUAUAGAUAUUGCUAAUGAUUUCCUAACCCAGUCGGGUUAUACAAAAGUCGACCUUUUAAAUAAAUGUUUAUUCGAUCUGAUACAUAUCGAUGAUUUGGUGCAUAUAUCUGAAGCUAUAAAUAUAGUUAAUGAAAAUCAACCGGUGGUCACUUCAUUUUAUCGAUUACGAUUAAAAUGUGGGAAAUAUUGUUGGGCUCGUAUGUUAAUUUUUUAUUGUAAACAAUCAUAUUAUCGUUUGUCAAACUCACCGUCAAUAUUUACAAAUAAUCGAUCAAAUAAUUAUCAAUAUCCAAUCAGAAAUUUUGAUGAAUUGAAUUCUUUUGAUAAAUGUACAUCUUCAGAAAUAUUGAUCUGUUGUCAUCAAUUAUCGCAUUUCUAUCAUUGCAAUGAUUUAUCGGAAAGUUCAUUGACUAUUGAAAAAGAGACAUUCAAUCGUCUCAAUGUUGCCAAGCAACCUCAAUCCGAACUAAUUAACUAUGAACAUUUACAUGGAUAUAAUGAUUCUACGUCUGAUUCAUCAAUGUAUACAUCUCGAUUAUUAAAAACAACACUAACUGGUCAACAAGACCUCGUGACAAAGCCUGAUAAUAACAGUAAUCAAAUGAAAUGCGAGUAUGGAACUACUAAUUUUGUAUCCGAUUCAUAUGAAUCACAAUACAUCUCGAUUCCAGUAUCAUCUUAUGUUCAAGGCUAUCCUAUAUUCCGGUCAGAUGAACCAAAUCAAUUGGAUGCAUUGAUUCCAUCAUCUUCACCAUCUAAUGCAAAGGAAAUAUCGUCUGGACUGUCAUUUAAUUCAUCCAUUUCUUUACCUCCCUCUCAACAUUUUCAAAGUUAUGCUACUACAUCAAGAGAAAACGACAUACGUAUUACAAAUGAUCAAGAAGUUUUCACUUUAAGUACAGUCGGACUGAAAACGAAAUCAGAUGAACAUCGUUUGUUCAAUCAUUCUGAACAUUCUGUUGUCACUAAUGUUAAUAAUACUAGUUCUGAUUCAAUGAAGAAAACUAUUACAAAUUUAUCUUGUUCAACGACUAAAUUGUGUACCCAUAGUUCGUCUUUACUUCAAGAUGUAAUUUAUAAUAAGUUUGGUAAUUCAUGUUCAACAAAUACAACUGAUUCUAGAAUGAAUCCUGUAGUUAGUUGUAAUGUGGGAUCACAGUCAAGUCAAGCAUUCAAACAAAUUUUACCCGAUAAACUGUUCAGUUCUUCUGAGCAAUGUGAAUAUCAGAGGGAUCCAUCUAACCACAAUCUACUCAAUAAUAUAAAAAUGUCUAAAUUUUCAGAUCACAGUCAUUAUCAUCCGUACGCAAAUUGUCAUGGCCGCUGUUUCAAUAACUCAAAUUCACAUUGUUUUGUCCAAAAGCCACAUAUCGAAUCAAGUAAUACUUCGGUGAAUAUUUUUGAUUAUUCGGCAAAGGGUUACAGGCCAACAUUUCUUCCACAGGCUCAUAUUUGUCCAGUAAUUAAUGAUGUUGUCCAUACAGAAUUCGACGAUGUGUAUUUUAUUCCUCAUAAAAAGCCUCGUUUAUAUCCACCAAUUAACAAUAAAGAUACAAAUGAAUUCAAUCCGAUCUCUAAUAAUGUCAAUCAUUCAAAUGAACCAUUCAAUCAUAUGAUAAAUGGAUUACAAUUCAAAAAUUUCAUAAAUAAUCGUUAUUUUUCUACAAUUAAUAAUGACCAAUAUCACUUCGAUAAACAUGUAUAUGAUUAUACGGAUAAUCAUAUUGAUAACGAUAAUUAUAAUGAUGAGGAUGAGGAUGAUUUCAUUGAUUACGGUAAAAAUUAUAUGUUUCAAAAUUCUAAUAGAUUUCAAUGUUAUAACAAUUAUGAAUUAUUAAGUCUUGAUCCACAAUAUUAUCAUCAAAAUAGUCAAUAUCAUCUUGAUUAUCAACAACAACAACAGCAACAGUCUCAACCAUUGUUAUUACAUCAUCACCAUCAACAGUCGUAUACAUUUGACAAUUUCACUAAUAAUAGUGCAUUGAUCUAUUGAACCAAAUCGAAAAAGCGUUGAUAAUGAUAAAUACUAUGUUAUCUACUAAAUGUGUUUGUAUGCUUGCUUGUAUCACUG